GACGUCUUGGAAUAAGAAGCUAGGCUCCAAGGUUAAAUUGCGUGUAACUCCAAGCUUCUUGAGACCAGCGUCAGUGACAACUAUGGCCCUGCUUCGUAACGUUGCUUAUUCCCUCAGGUCAUUGACUGAAUCAAAGAAUAUUGUUGUGGCUUUAUAUCACAAAAAUGUGAUUGAUCAUUUUGAAAAUCCCCGUAAUGUUGGUUCACUUGAUAAGAAUGAUAAUAACACAGGUACAGGACUUGUUGGGGCCCCUGCUUGUGGGGAUGUCAUGAAAUUACAGAUUAAAGUUGAUGAUAAUGGGAAAAUAAUCGAUGCUAAAUUUAAAACUUUUGGUUGCGGCUCAGCCAUUGCCUCCAGUUCCCUCGCAACUGAAUGGGUGAAAGGUAAAUCGAUCACUGAAGCUGCAUCCAUAAAGAACAGUGAGAUAGCUAAAGAACUAUGUCUUCCGCCAGUAAAGCUACAUUGUUCCAUGUUGGCUGAAGAUGCAAUUAAAGCAGCGUUAAAUGAUUACAAGCGAAAGAAGCAACAAACAAAGUUCUGAAAUAUUGUGGUAUAAAAGAACAAAAUCUGCUCUAAGCUAGAUUUUCCUGCCUUUGGUCUCUCUAAGAAUUAUUUUAGCUGGAUUUGUUGGUUUAUAAUACUAAUCCUUGCCUAUGCCUAGCAGAUCAUUUCUGAUCCUUUGACUUUGUACAAUGAAUGUUUGACUUGUGGGUGGAGCCAACAUAUCAUUAAUAAAAUUAUAUAUUUUAAUGAGCUAUUAAAUAUUCACACAGCUGUGUGUCUGAUGAUGGUGGUGGUUUUAAAUGGCCAGAAGAAAAUUGAAGCAUCUGUAUUUAAAUAAAAUAGGACACACAAUCAAGUAUGUAUUUAUCCGAUUGGACAUUCAAGUAGCUGUGCAUUCAAAUAUACAGUAAGAUAUUCCAGUUCCUGUGAGUAUAUAAUAGGACAUUAUUGAAGCAGUAUUAUAUACAUAUAUAUAUAAAAGAAAAUGAGAUGACAAAGGACAAAACAAUUGUGUUAUGAACUUCAUUAGCUUCCAACUGCUUCUGCUAUAAGAUGCAGUGUACUCAUAGUUGAGUACCUGAAUAAAACCUUACAGCUUCAUUGGAGCUUCAAAUAUGAAGUGCAAUUUAUUUGAGAAAAGAAUUACAUUUGUGCCUAUAUAUAGAGAAAGGCAUUGCCAAUGAGAAAAUCAAUACAAAUGUGUAUAAAAAAGUGUUUAUCCAAAAGUUAAUUAGAUCUUAUUGCAGAAAUAUAGGUAUAUAAAUAUAUAUAUAUAUAUAUAUACAAGUAAUACAAAAAUACAUGACGGAGGAUAUAUCAAACUAUCAAUAAUUAUUUAUGAAUAUAUCAAUGGCCAAACAUGUUAUCAUAAAAUACAUAGAAGAAGAAUGUUUAUAAUUAUGAACAAGUCACAAUUAUAAUUAAGUGGGUUUCAAAAACACAUGUUUAGAAAUAGCAGUCAAAAUUGCUAUAAAACCACUAUUAUCGCUCAUAUUAUUUCUCUUCCAGAUAAAAGCUGUCUGCAGGUGACAUGACAUAUAGAGUCCACAACUCAAAUCCAUUUAUUUUUAAGUUGUGGAUUCUAUAUGUCAUGUUACCCACAGACAGCUUUUAUCGUGUGGAGAAAUAAUAUGAGUGAUAAUAGUGGCUUUAUAGCAGUUCUGACUGCUAUUUCUAAACAUGUUUUGGAAACCCUCUUAGUUAUAACUGUGACUUGUUCAUAAUUAUAAACAUUCUUCUCAUAUAUAUAUAUAUAUAUAUAUGUAUGUAUGCAUGCAUGCACUCAAAAACACCAUGUAACUCUUUUUGAAAUAAAUUGCACUUCAUGUUUGAAUCUAUGAGUCCAGUGCAUCUUAUUGCAGAAACAGCUGUUAGCUAAUAAAGUUCAUAACAUAAUCGUUUUGUGCUUUGUCAUCUCAUUUUCUUAUUACCACUUCAUACUCAUCUAACACUUUGUUCAGGAGCAUGUGUAUAUUCAGUUCUAUACUGGGUUAUUAGUCUCACAAUGCCUAAGCAAUAUAUAUAAGUUCAUAAUAGAAAAUUGGAAGAAUUAUGCGUCUGCAUAAUAGGACAUUCAAAGACAUGUAUUUGUACAAAUAGACUAUGAAACAACUGUAUGUAUAUACAUUAGAACAUUGAAACAAAUAUAUGAUAGGGGUUACAUACAUAACUAUUGUGUUUAAAUAUGCAAUAGGACACUUAAACAUGUGUAUUUACAUAUAUAAUACAACAUCCAAGCAUGUGUAUAUGUAAAUAUAUACUAAGAUAUUUGAAUAUGUGUGUUUUGAUGAUACAAUAGGACAUCUAUGUCUUUCUUUUAAAUGUGAAAUAGGACAUCCAGGUAUCUGUAUUUUUAGAAUAUUAAAGAGGAUCUUUAAGUAUCAGUAUAUUUAAAUAUGAAAUAGGACAUUUGAGCAUAUGCUUAUUUAGAUAUAUGAUUGGACAUCCAAACGUCUGUAUAUCUGAUGUAAACUAAAACAUGAGCAUCUGUAUAUUUUAUAUCAAAUAAAGCCUUGUUUCGUUAUUUUUUUAA